UGUUAAUCUCCAGGUUUUUGUUAACAAUGAAUACUUUUGAUUCAAACAAGUCUUCUUUGGUCUUUGGAGAGGAUUCCUUAGAGUCGAACCCUUUUGCAGACACACCUUCUCAGUCAACAAGUUUAGUUGAGUCUAAUAUACUUAUUAUUGAUACUUCUCAAGAACGACUUGUAACAGAACCAGAACCAGAACCAACAUCAACUACAGAAGUGACAGAACAGUUUAAAGAGAUACAAGAAGAAACACAAGAAGAAGCGCAAGAAGAAGCGCAAGAAGAAGCGCAAGAAGAAGCGCAAGAAGAAGCGCAAGAAGAUACCCAAUCAGAAUCUUUAAGGGUACCCGAAAGUGGGUCUCGGCCUUAUUUCCAAGUUUCCAUAGAGGAUCCUCAAAAAGUAGGCGAUGCUAUUAAUGCACAUAUUGUAUAUAAAGUCAGAACAAAGACAAAUUCGCCUUCAUUUCGAUCUUCAGAAUUCAUUGUAGCAAGAAGAUACCGAGACUUUUUAUGGCUUUAUAAUCAACUCACAUUAGGCAAUCCUGGUGUCAUUGUACCACCUGUGCCUGAGAAGCAUGCAUUGGGUCGCUUUCAAGAUGAUUUUGUUGAAUCAAGACGAAUUGCUCUUGAAAGAUGCCUACAAAAAAUUGUAGCACAUCCCAUGUUGUAUGGUGAUCCUGAUCUUAAAGUGUUUCUGGAGAGUGAAUCAUUUAAUGCAGAGAAACGACAGAGAAGAGCAGAACCAGAGAAUUCCAAAAUGAGUUUUAUGCGAUCCUUUGGUGAAACACUGUCGAAUGCAGCCACAAGUCCCUUUAGUAAGUUUGUUGAAGUAGACGAAUGGUUCGAAUCGAAAAAGAACCAGUUAGAUGCCUUGGAAGCACAACUCAAGGGCUUAUUAAAAAGUGUUGAGGGUGUUGUAAAGCAAAGAAAAGAACUCGGAUCAGCUACUUCAGAAUUUGGUGAGAGCAUGUUUCCUCUUGCUUCAGCGGAAUUAAAUCGAAAUCUAUCUACCCACUUGAUUGUGUUGGGCAAGAUUCAAAAGCAAAUGAAAGAAUUGCAUGAACAACAGGCACAAUAUGACAUUAUCACACUAGAAAACACGAUUGAUGAAUACAUUCGAAUCAUUGGUUCUAUUCGAAUUGCUUUUCAUGCACGCGUCAAAGCAUACCAGACAUAUCAACAAGCUGAUUCUGAAUUACAGAGAAAACUAGCAUUUUUCGAGAAACUGAAAAUGCAACAAAAAAACAAACCAGAAAAACUUGUUGGACAUCAACAAGAAAUCAAUGAAAUGAAAGGAAAAGUAGAAGAAUUAGAACAGGAAUUUCAAGAUAUCUCUAAAUUGAUCAAGAAUGAACUCGACAGAUUUGAUAAGGAGAAAGUAGAGGACUUCCGUGAUAGUGUCGAACAAUUCCUUCGUAGUAUGAUUGAGCAUCAAAAGCAGAUCAUUGCUUUAUGGGAAACAUAUUUUGAACAGACAGAAGAACUCGAAUAAAUGCUCCGUUUUAAUAUGAUUUA